AUGGCAACGAGCAUCGUAGAUGUCUUGGCCCAAUGGCUGGAGUCCAACGGGAUCUCGGAGGAGUUGGAUGCGUAUAUCAGGCGCGUCAUGCGGCAGCAUGCGGCGUGCUUCGACAGCGACGACGAGCAACGCCACGGUUGCUUCGAGAUCUUCAGAGCCUACGAAGCCCUGCUGCAUCAGCUCCUCUCAGACUUCCUGCAGGAGAUCCGGCGGGAUGCUCACUUGGCCGCUCUGGGUGGUAGCUGCGCCUCGCCUGAGCAGCUGCUGACGGCCCUGCGCGCGGAGAACCUGGCCGGGCCGCGCCUGCGCGCUGGCCAGCUGGGCCUGCUAAGCAUCGCCAGCUACGAGGACUUUGCGGCGGCGGCGCGGAGGCACCGGGCAAUCGCGCAGGUGCAGGCCGACCAGCUCUUGCAGCAGCUGGCAGUGCAGGUCGCUGCAGGUGCGGAGCUCAAGAAGUCUUGA